ACCCAAUGUCUUGGAAGACUCCAAAAGUGAAGAUUUCUUUGGAUGUUAAAGAAAGAAAAGAAAUAAAAAUAUUAUUUUAGGGCGUCUCACCUCUCAUAUCAACUUCUAGUUCCAGCAAAAUGGCGGGAAGAAUAGACGGAAGGGCUUCGGGCACAGUAGAUUUCUCCGGCCAUCGUCGCCCUGCCGUGGAUCUGACCGGCGUUGUACAUCAACUGCCAUGCUGUAUCAAGUACAACGGAUCCUCCGACGUCUCUCACUACUUCAGACCCAAACCUACUGAGGUGGUAUUUGAUGGUCUAAGCAUAGAGGAAGCUCAUUUCAGAGGAAGGAAGCUCAAUGGAACCACGCUUCCCAUACCACAAGGCUAUUCUGGUUGUUUUCUCUUAAUUGAUUUACUACAUAAAUUAUAUGCAUAAUCGACGAAUCUUAAACGCUUCAGUUUCAACAUUUGUAUCAGAGGUCAUUCGUAAUGGAAUGUAGAAAAUACUACUUCUUAGCUUAUUUAACAAUGUAUGAGUAGUUCAUAAGUAACAACAACAACAACAACAACCCAGUUAAAUCCCACAAGAGUAGGGUCUGGGGAGGGUGUGUGUACGCAGACCUUGCCCCUACUCGAAAGUAGAGAGGCUGUUUCCAAAGAGACCCCCGGCUCAACGUCGAAAGUUGCAUUGCUUGACUAACUGCUACUUCAUUAAUUAAAGAAGCGCAGACAGUUUAGAGAUCCAUUUUGAUUUAUUCCAUCACACCCCAAAGCCAAAAAAUGGUGAAAUUUUGG